AGAGAGAGAGAGAGAGAGAGAGCAAGAGAGGGAGGGGAUAGGAUGGGAUGAGUGAACGUGUCGCGACAUUUGAUCGUAAUGAUCAUAAUAUGGCGUAAAGUGUAUUUCAUAAUUAAACUGUCAUGUGUACGUGUAUAUUAGAAAGUAUAAGCAAAGCGAUAUUGAAAAUUUGAGAUUAUUACAAUAAAGAAAAUCUCAUAGUAGGGAAACGUAAAAAAUUUGAGGAUGCGAUGCCCGCACGUAGACGAUACGUUGGUUACGAGUCAGAAAAUGAUUUUGUGAUUACAAACUCAAACAGUGAACGGCGAAAUAUUGACACGAAACAACAAUAUUACGAUGAAACUCGUAAUGUCGGUGGUUUAGAGGAAAAACAUUUUAAGCAACGUGAUAUACCACCAUCACCAACAAUAACUAUGACGGCACGCGAUAGAACUAAUGAAUUUAUUAAUGCUAUAAGAACAAUGCAGGAUAGAACAGUCGUUAGAACGACUAAUCAGCAAAAUCCAAGAAGGGCUAAACAAAUGCAAAGUUAUUCCAAUUUUAUGAUGGUCGCUAAGAGUAUCGGAAAGAACAUUGCGAACACUUAUACAAAAUUGGAGAAACUUGCUCUAUUGGCCAAAAAGAAAUCUAUAUUCAACGACAGACAAAUGGAAAUCGAAGAAUUAACAAACAUUAUAAAGACGGAUUUAAAAAGUUUGAAUCAUCAAAUAGGCAAAUUACAAGAUAUAGGAAAAAUUCAACGAGAAAGUUUCUCCUCCUCUCAAGGGAAUCAUAUUGCUUCUCAUUCUUCAUCUAUAGUGAUGGCCCUACAAUCAAAACUUGCAAAUAUGUCCAAUCAUUUCAAAAGUGUUCUGGAAGUUCGUUCUGAGAAUAUGAGAGAGGAACAAACAAGAAGACAACAAUUUUCGCAAGGAUCUGUAUCCACCAUGUUACCUCCAAGCGUAGUUUCCGGGAGACAAGGUUCCUUGUUACUUCAAGAACAAGAAUCUAACUCUUCGGUUGCAAUAGACCUUGAACCAGCAAUGAGUCAGUUGUCAAUGCAACAAGUUUUACAAGACGAUACGGAUGCAUAUGUGCAGUCACGUGCAGAGACCAUGCAAAAUAUAGAAUCGACAAUAGUCGAACUGGGUGGUAUUUUCCAGCAACUGGCUCAUAUGGUUAAAGAACAAGAGGAGAUGGUAGAAAGAAUAGAUAGCAAUAUAGAAGAGACUGAAUUAAAUGUGGAAGCUGCGCAUGUUGAAAUAUUAAGAUAUUUCCAAUCGGUGACAAAUAAUAGAUGGUUGAUGAUUAAGAUAUUCGCUGUCCUCAUAUUUUUCUUUAUCUUUUUUGUAGUAUUUUUGGCAUAAGAUUAUUUCGAAUUUAAGUAUAUCUGUUUACAUUUAUUUUAUGUUACCGUUCAUCGUUAUUUUACUAUCCAUAUUCAGUAUUUGUGAUAUAUAAAAGUAAAUAUAAUUCCAAGAAAAAUCUAAUUUUUACGGGACACGUAUCACGUAAAACUGUAGGAACACUCAACUGCAUUCCUUAAUACUUCCACUAAAUUAUUAAUUAUUAUUGCUAUAUAAAGGAGGAUAUCUGAUAUUGGAAAAUAAAUAAAUAAUUUUUAAAGCUUACGUAAAAUGUAAAAAAGAAAAUAAAUAUAGGGAAAUAAAGGAAGAAAAAACGCAAAAGAAAGAAACAACUUCACGUGGAAAACAAUGUUCAUAUUUGUAAAUUAAAAUAAUUAUAUAUAAAUAUAUAUAUAUAUAUAUAUAUAUAUAUAUAUAUAUAUAAAUAUAUAUACACACACACACACACAUAUACUUAUCUUUCGUUGUUUGCUUAUGCUUAUAUAUACAUAUAAAAAAAAAAAGAAGAAAAAAGAAGAAAAAAGAAUACUAUUUUAGAAUUUUAUGCAACAUAUGCAAUGCUUAUGUGACGAAUAGAAGCUUAAUUAUUUUGUAUAUAUAACACAACAAUGUACUAGAGAAAAAUAAUGUAUGAUGUUAAUUGAUGACAAAUUAUGAUAAAUGUUUUAAAAUAAAUUGCAAUUUAUUUUUAAUUUAUUAAAAUCAUAACAACUGCAUUUUUAUUUAUGUUGAUUGCAAUACUCAAUAUUACAACGUCGUUUGAAUUUAUUUCAUACUUUGAAAUAGAAAGUAAGUGUACCUUUUACAGAAUGAUUUUUUAAAUAGUUAGAUUUUUCAAAGAAUGUUUCACUUCAAUUGUACAGCAAUUUCUUUUAAUAUUCCCUUUUUUAUUUUUAAUAAUAUAUGAUUGUUGUCAACAUUAGCAUAAUUGUAGCAAUGCUGUAAAAAAUUCUCAGAGUAAUUUCACAUAAGUAUAAUAGUAUAAUAUUUAUGGAUUUAUCGGAUAAUAAACAGCAUUUACAAAAUAUGUUCAAAUGGAAAA